UGCUCGGUGCCUAAGCCAUAGAAAAACCUCAACUACAACUUGGGGGAGUAAAUGAAAAUUGCACUUACCAACCUUUAUGGGUUGUAUUUGGGUAGAUUUUAGCAGCGGUGCAAUUAUUUUUGUACGCGGUUCUUCAUGCCAUCAAGGGCUCUAUAAAACUAUGGGAGUGGCGUUGCUUUUAUUUGUGACUCAGAGAAUUUAGGUUGCUAAGGGUGUUCAAUGAUGGGGAACAAGAGAAAAAGGGUUAUUUUGGUCUUUGUUGUUUGUUAUCUAAUGUGCAAUGCAGUUGGGAGAAAUUUGCAGAGCAAGGAAGAAAGCUAUUGGCAGUCCCAAGAUGCAGGAAGUGGGUUUCUGACGGAAAAGAAUGCUGGAUUUGGAGGCGGUGGUGGCGGUGGUGGUGGUAAAGGCGGAGGUGCUGGAGCUGGUGUAGGUGGAGGGGUAGGGACAGGGAAUGGUGCUUAUGGGGGUGGUGGUGGGAAAGGUGGUGGAGCAGGAGGAGGUGGUGGGAAGGGUGGUGGGGUUGGAGGAGGAAAGGGUGUAGGUGGUGGAUUUGGUGGAGCAGGUGGUGGAGUUGGAGGAGGAACUGGAAGAGGUGGUGGCAAGGGUGGAGGUGCUGGAGCUGGUUAUGGUGGAGGGGUAGGGAAAGGCAAUGCGAAUGGUGGUGAAGGUUUUGGUGGAGGAGCAGGUGGAGGUGGUGGGGUUGCUGGGAAAGGUAGUGGAUCUGGAGUAGGAGCUGGUGGAGGUGCUGGAGUUGGUGGGAAAGGUGGUGGUUAUGGAGGAGGAAUUGGAGGAGGUGGAGGCCAUAAUGGAGGUGCUGGAGCUGGUUAUGGUGUUGGAGGGGGGAAAGGAAAUGCCGCUGGUGGUGGAGGAUUUGGGGCCGGUGGAGGUGGUGGUGGAGGAGUUGGAGGUAAGGGUAGUGGAUAUGGAGGAGGAAUUGGUAAAGGUGGUGGUAAAGGAGGUGCAGGGGGUGGAGGCGGUAUUGGUGGAGGUGGCGGGGGUGGUGUUGGUGGAGGUAGCGGGGCUGGAUUUGGGUUUGGAUAUGGAGGAGGCGCUGGAGGUGCAGGUGGAGGUGGAGGUGGAGGAGGCGGUGGUGGUGGAGGAGGCGGUGGUGAAGGUAGUGGUGGUGGAUAUGGAGGAGGUGCCGGUGGCGGAUAUGGCGGAGGUGUUGGCGUGGGUGGAAUACCUGGAAUACCUGGACUACCUGGUGGAAUACCGAACGGUGGCUUGGGAGGCACUGGUGGAAAUGGAAUACCUGGCAGUGAAUUUGGUGGAGGAGGAAUGUUUGGUGGCAUACCGGGGGGUGAAUUUGGAGGAGGUUGGUCAGGGAUUGGAUCCCGGAACAAAAGUUCUGCAACUCCGUAAGGCGAAUAAAACAAUGUGUUUUUUAAUAAACAAUUGAUUGCGAGUUUAUUGAAGACAAGAAACGAGAAUGCAGUGUGUCUAGACGUGUAAUUAUGGAUGCAAUGGUAAUGUUUUUUUUUAAGACGAUGUAAAUGUGGACUAAGAUUCUAAUGACUUUUAGAUGUAUCUUAUAAUAAUGAUGAUGUAGUGCGUAAUGGAGCUAUCUAAUAAUAUCUUAUAAUUAUGGUGA